AUGACUACAUCAACUUUUCAUGCUAAAUCGACAGCAGUUGAAUUUGUUAAAGGACUUAACGUAAAUCUUCAUGGCAAACUUGUACUUAUUACGGGUGGUACGCCGGCAGGUAAACCAUCACGUGUUGUUGUUGUUGUUAGUUCAUUCGCAAAUAAACGUGGUGGAAUUAAUUGGGAAAACAUUAUGAUAAAUGCCUUGCUUAUGGUCAGAGUAAACCAGAAAAUAUUCUUUUUUGCUAAACAAUUUAAUAAAUUAUAUUCAUCAGAAAGUAUUCAAGCAUAUGCAUUACAUCUAGGUGGUAUUAUGACAAAUUUAAAUAAAUAUUUAUCAAUGGAAGAACAAAAAGCAAUGGGAUGGUUUAAAGAAUAUGGUACACCUGUUGAUAGAUUUAAAAAUGUUGAACAAGGUGCAUCAACAAGUGUUUAUACUGCCUUAGCACCUGAACUUGAUAAUGAGAUGGAACCAGCAGAACGUUUAUGGAAAUUGAGUGAACAAAUGGCUGCAGUAAAAUAA